AUGAGGGCACUCUCGCGGCUCGAUCUGUACCGGAAGGUGCCGCGGGACCUCACGGAACCGACGCUGAGUGGUGCCUUAGUGUCCAUAUUCACUGUCCUCGUGGCGCUCUAUCUCUUCUUUGCAGAGUUUACAGUGCUCAUCCAGCGGCGAUGGGAAAGUGAAAUGGUAAUAGAGGAGAGCAAGACCGAGGAGAAGCUGCAGAUCAACUUGGACAUCACGAUGUCCUCCAUGCCUUGUGAGCUGCUCUCCUUCGAUGCGCAGGACGUCAUGGGAAGCCAUGAGGUUGAUGCUCACGGCAACCUGUUCAAGGACCGCCUCACGUCCAAAGGAGAUCUUAUAGGUACGCAGGAGAUCAAGUCGAGCCACUUCGGCGCGUCAUCCACUCUUUCGCGGCACUACAGUCUAGGCUAUGGCAACCAGGACGUUGAUGCUCUCCGCAAGAGCAUCAACAGCGGCGAGGGCUGCCGUAUACGAGGCUUCGUGAAAGUCAACAAAGUUCCCGGGAACCUCCAUCUGUCCACCUACAGCCACUCCUUCCUCUUCGGAUCCCUUUACCAGGAAACCAAGAACCUCAACAUAUCCCACAAGGUGAACCACAUCUCCUUUGGCGUGGACACCGACAUCACCUACGUCAAGAACAAUUUCCAGGGUACCGGCAUCGUCAGCCCUCUCGAUGGCGUCGUGCAGAUACACGAGAAGAGCGAGCCCAAGGAGAAGACCGAUUCCAAAUUUGGAUCCUGGUCUUACGCCGGGCUCGUGGACUCUGCGAUCUACGAGUAUUACACGAAAGUGGUUCCCACCACGUACGUGCCGCUGGAUGGCUCACCGAUACAUGUUCAUCAGUUUACUGCAAAUUCCAACAAAAUAGUGAACCAGCAGAUGCCGUCACUGUAUCUCCGGUACGACUUCUCGCCAGUGACUGUGCGCUACACGGAGACAAAGGAGAGCUUGUCCCACUUUGUCGUCCAGGUCUGCGCCGUUGUGGGCGGGAUCUUCACAGUUGCUGGGCUGUUGGACUCGGUGCUUCACAAAAGCAUAGUGCACCUGGCCAAGAAGGCGCAGAUCGGCAAGCUCGGCUGA